AUGGGCUUUCAGAUGGUAACUCCUGAAAUACUGGAAAAGGGGCGAGAAGUAAGAGUUCGAUCUGUAGCAGGAGCGGAAAGUGGACUCCAGAGAGCUCUGAGCAGCCCCAUCACAGUCACCACCCUCCUAGUUACCAUUACACCCUGGAAGGAACUGCAGCUGCCAAAGCUGGCCCCAGUCACUAUCUCCACAAUCUUGAGCAGCGAAGCCCAGACCCAGAUGCUGCCUCCUAGAGCCCCCACCCUUGGUGCUGCAGACACCAAGCCCUGCACCACAGAGCCAGGAUGUCUCAUAUUGGUGGAGACUGCCGGUGGGGACAAGAAGGUCAUUGCAACAAAGGUUUUUGGAACAGUAAAAUGGUUCAGUGUAAGAAACAGAUAUGGUUUCAUUAACAGGGAUGAAACCAAAAAAGAUGCAUUUGUACACCAGUCUGCAAUAAGGAAGAAUAACCCCAGGAAGCACCUUGACAGUAUAGGACCAUGGUGUAUUGGAGAUGGAGAGACUGUGGAGUUUGAUGUUGUUGAAGGAGAAAAGGGUGCAGAGGCAGCAAAUGUUACAGGCCUUGGUGGAGUUCCAGUGCAAGGCCAUAAAUAUGCAGCAUACUGUAGCCAUUAUACUAGAUGCUAUCCACAUCGCAGGGAUCCUCCAUGCAAUUACCAGCAGGGUUACCAAGAGAGUUGGGGAAAUAAUAAAAAAUCAGAGCAUGUUCCCAAAGGCCAGGCCCAUCAGUACCAGCCCUAUGGCAGGCAAAGGUUCCCAACUUAUUACAUGCAGAGACCCUAUGAGCCUCGACCACAGUAUUCCAACACUCCUGUGCAGGGAGAAAUGAUGGAAGGUGCUGACAACCAAGAUGCAGGAGAACAAGGUAGACCAGUGAUACAAAAUAUGUAUCAGAGCUAUAGACUAUGGUUCUGCAAGGGCUGUCCUCUCCAAAGACAGCCUACAGAGGACAACAGUGAAGAAGAUAAGGAAAAUGAAGGAGACCAGAUCCACGGUCAGCAGCCACCUCAAUUUUUUUUUAAUUGCUGUUUUCUUCUAGGAUUUAUAUGGUUUCAUGACUUAAAUUUAGGCUUUUAUCCAUUUUGA